GAGGGGCAGCGCGCAGGCGCACUACGCCCGCCGGGUACCGAGGGGGCAAGCGCGCAGGCCGAGUAGGGGUGAGGCCAGGCGGCGCGGCCGUUGUCCCGAUGCGGCUUGAGCCUUGGCCUUGGCUCAGGCUCUCUAGCACCAAGGCCAUGGAUAUGCAGAAGCCCAAGGGCCAGGAUGAGAUGGCAAAUUUGGGUCUGUCCACCAGACAGGCUCUGAUGGCGCUCCGUAACCAGCUCACUGCAAUCCUCGAAGAGCAUCAGAAGCAGCAGAAAAAAAAGGAAUCUUGGAAGGAAGUGUGGCUUAAGGGCUUCCUCAACCCGAAUAACAGAAGCUCCAGCUUCCAUUGGCCAGGGGCAUCUCUCAUGCUGCUGGCUGCAAUCUUACUGCUGUGUUGCUAUGGCAGCCAGCCAAAUGGAAGCCAGGGCACUGCAGUACUGAAUGCAGGAAUACUGUUCCUUCUGAUAUUUAUCAACCUGUAUGUAAUCGGAAGGCAAGGGCGACUGAAAAAGGGAGAGGUCGUUGCCAGACUACAAGAAAUCAUCAAGAAGCUAAACGAAACCCUUGUAGGUAAUGGCAAUGUUAAAUGGGAGAAUGCAUCGUACCCAGACCUCUUUAUACCUUCUGCUCCAUCUUGGUCACUCCACUGGGCUUAUAGAGAUGGGCAUCUCGUAAAUCUUCCUGUCUGUUUACUAGUGGAAGGCGAUGUCAUUGCACUUAGACCCGGCCAAGAGUCCUUUGCCUCCUUGAGAGGUAUUAAGGAUGAUGAACACAUAGUACUGGAGCCUGGUGAUUUGUUUCCACCUUUUUCUCCCCCACCGACACCCAGAGGAAAAGAAAAGAAGGGGCCUGAGAUUCCUCAACAACACAGGCUCUUCAGAGUAGUGAGGACUCCAGUUCUUGAAAAUGUUAGGCGGAGUCUGGACCUGGCACUAUCUCGACCUGUCACUGCGCUUGAUAAUGAACGCUAUACGGUGCAAUCAACGAUGGAGAAAUACACUGUUCCUUGCGUUCUGGCUGUAUUUCUGAUUACAAACACUGUGCGGUUUGUUCUUGAUGCUCCUGGAAUUGGCAAUUGGAAGUUUACCUUCUUCCAACUUCAGGUGAAUGGCGUUCUGCCCAUUCUCCCCUUGUUCUUUCCUGUGGUGUGGGUGCUGGUCACGGCCUACGGAGAAGCUAGAGUUCUAGCACAGUUCACCAAGGCUGGUGCUCCUGUUGGCAUGAUGGCAAAGUUUUCUGAAGAUACGCUUAGCAGUUACACAGAAGUGGUUACUACAAAGGAAAUUCUGUUCUGUAUUUGGGGUCACUUCUGGUCAUUACUGCGAGGAAAGUCACUUAGCCUUUGCUACACAUCCAGUCUGCUUCAGAACCUGGGCUCGGUCACUGUGCUUUGCUGUGUGGACAAGCAAGGAAUACUGUCCUGGCCCAAUCCCAGUCCGGAAACGGUUCUGUUCUUUAGUGGCCGUGUGGAGCAAUCACAUGACAGCCUAGAGGACCUGAAAGAUGACAUGUCCAUGAGAUCAUUUUGUCAUCUAGAGAUGGAAGAAGAGAAGGAUGAGCCCAGGGAAGCUGAUGCUCUAUUGCCCAACACCGGUCUGGAAUUUCUACAUAUCACCGAUGAGGUCGAGCAGGAAAAAGAGGAAAAGACUGAGAGCACUCCACGGUUGAGGAAGCGAAGUGACAAUCGGCGAUGCAAGCACUUGUCGGGCUCCAGUGUCAGCUUCAGCAAAGACACAGAAGGAGGGGAGGAUGAUGCGACACAGGUGAGCGGUAUUGAUGAAGACCUGGACCUGGAAGCAGAUGAUUAUAUUUGCGAUUACCACCUGGAAAUGCUGAGCCUUUCUCAGGACCAGCAGAACCCGGCCAGUAUUCAGUUUGAUGACUCGAACUGGCAACUGCACAUUUCUUCACUGAAACCACUGGGGCUCAAUAUCCUCCUCAAUCUAUGUUACUCCACCGUUACAGAGCAAGUGUGCCGCUUCUCUGAUCAUCUGUCCAAUAUCGCCCUGCAAGAGACAUCGGGCACAGCCGUGCCAAUCCAUGUCCCUUGGGGGCUCUGUGAAUUAGCCAGGCUCAUAGGCUUUACCCCUGGUGCCAAAGAACUCUUCAAGCAAGAGAAUCAUCUGACCAUGUACCAACUUCCGACAGCAGAGAUGGUCAAAGAGCCGGUGCCACGCCGACUUUUGAACGUAAACAAGAGGAGACCACCACUCAGCCACAUGAUCAGCUUAUUUGUGAGAGAUACAUUGACCGAUAGUGUGCAGAUGUUAUCUCACGGCACAGCUGAUGUCAUCCUAGAGGCCUGCACAGAUUUCUGGGAUGGUGCAGAUAUUUACCCCCUCUCUGGUUCCGACAGGAAAAAAGUGCUAGAUUUCUACCAACGAGCCUGUCUCUCGGGAUACUGUUCAGCUUUUGCUUACAAGCCGAUGCACUGCAUCUUAUCCUCUGAGUUGAACGGGAAAUGCAUCGAGUUGGUCCAGGUGCCAGGUCAGAAUACCAUCUUCACCUCUUAUGAUUUACCGGGGACCACACCCAUUAAACACGGCAGCAGACGGAACAGCUGGAGCUCUGAUGAGGGAAUAGUGGAGGUGAUGGAGAAGGAAGACUGCAUCCAAGCCUUGAGUGGACAGAUCUUCAUAGGAAUGGUCUCCUCUCAAUAUCAAGCUCGGCUGGACAUAGUCCGGCUAAUCGACGGCCUUGUGAAUGCAUGCAUCAGAUUCGUCUACUUCUCCUUGGAAGAUGAGUUAAAAAGCAAGGUAUUUGCAGAAAAGAUGGGAUUAGAAACGGGCUGGAACUGUCACAUCUCUCUGCUGCCGUAUGGUGGAGGUUCAGGUUCUGAGAUUCCACAGUCCAGCCCAAGCCAUGCGGGCUCUCUGCAUGAUGACAUUCUGGAUUCAAAGGAUGGUGCAGAGGGAGCCUUACUAGUGGAUGAAGAGAGGCACUCUGAUCUCAUUAGCUUCCAGCCAACGGACAGUGAUGUGCCCAGCUUUUUGGAAGAUCAUAACAGGGCUAAACUGCCGCGAGGAAUCAACCAAGUUCGACCACAUCUUCAGAACAUUGAUAAUGUGCCUUUACUGGUCCCUCUGUUCACCGACUGCACUCAGGACGCAAUGUGUGAGAUGAUGAAGAUCAUGCAAGAACAUGGAGAGGUGAUCUGCUGCCUGGGAAGCUCUGCCAACUUCAGAAACAACUGUCUUUUUCUACAGAGUGACAUUGGUGUUGCAAUGGAUCCACUCUACCCAUCCCGAUGCUCCUGGGAGACCUUUGGCUACGCCACCAGUGCAAAUGUUUCAUUUGAUUCCGAUGAACUUUCCCCUCUGCAGUUAUCUGGCCUCUUGAACAGCCUGCCUUGUUCCAUUUUCUUUCACCACGAGGAAAGCAUCAGCAUCAUCAAACUCAUUGAACAGGCACGGCACACAGCAUAUGGAAUCAGGAAAUGCUUUCUGUUCCUCUUACAAUGUCAGCUUACUCUUGUUUUCAUACAGUUUCUGGCCUGUCUGGUUCAGCUCCCACCACCACUCGGCACCACCGAUGUUCUCUGGCUGUCCUGCUUCUGCUACCCAUUGCUCAGUGCUGCCUUGUUGGGGAAGCCUCCAGACAGUUCGGUGAUGACAGUAGCAACAGGAAAAAACUUUGUAUCCAUUCCAAAAAAGACUCAGCAGCACUUCCUUGUGUGCUUCCUGAUCAAGUUCAGCCUCACUGUUUUUGCCUACCUCGUUUGCUUUGGAUUUAUGCUGCAGGAGUUUUGCAGGAGUAAUAAGUCUAGCUCUUUGAAUGUUACCAACUGCUUGUCAAUAAUGAACAGUUCUGCAGAGGGAGCACCAAUAUGGUUUGACAAGUAUUCUAACGGAUUGUUGCUGGCUCAGAAGGUGAUGGCCUGUUUCAUUGUUCUACACACAGUUUGCAUUUCCAUCAGCCAUGUUCACUGGUCCAAAACCCUCUGGAGGAAAAGUCCUUUCAGUAACUUAUGGUGGUGUCUCACUUUACCUGUAGUGCUGGUGAGCCAAAUUGUAUUGGUGCUGGUGGAUUUAAAGCUGUGGAAAAAUAUGGACACCCAGUUGACUUUUGACCUGAAGGACAUCCCCCUGAUCUCUUGGCUCCUUGGUUUACUGUCUCUCAUUCUCGUGGUAUUUAUCAAUGAAGUGGUCAAGCUACAUGAAAUAAGAGUACGAGACCGUUACCAGAAGAGGCAAAAGCUGCAGUUUGAAACCAAGCUAGGAAUGAAUUCUCCGUUCUGACACUGGGAAAAGUGCUGAUGAGCCAAGUUGCUAACUGGAGAGGAGCAGCAACUUCUGGACCGACUUCAGAUAGGUCAAGCCAAGGAGCUGGCCCACAAACAUGGUUUUACUACUGCAUGAAGACUUCAAAACUGCACUAGAAAUUGAAAACCUCACAUCAAUUGAAGGGGUUUACCAGAUACCUCAGGUCAAACACACAGAGCAUAGAGAUGGGAGCUUCAGGAAGUGGAACCUGGAAAUGCAUAUUUGUGUAAGCUAAAGUGGAAAAAGACCCUUAUGUAACAGUUGGUCUUCAGAAACCGGAGAGAGAUUCAACAUUACAUCUUUCUCACCAUGCGUCUGUUGGGCAGUGGCGGGAGAAUGCAUCUCCGUGUCAGAAGUGAGGAACUGAGACUUCAGCAAAGGAAAUAACAUUGGUUGUGGCUUUACAAGCAAAUUGUGAAUCCUUCCCACAAGGAUUUGCUGAGUGUCCCCUUUUCCAGUUUUGUGGGUUUCAGGUGACAAUAAUGAAAGAGACCCUUAUGUAGCAGUUGGUAAUGAUACUCAGAGCCCUUAACCUUUAAAGUGUCUUAGGAAGCAGGAAUCUUAUCGCUGCCUCCCAUUUUUAAAUUCCUUCCAUCUUGUGGACUUCCUAGCUGCCACAGCAGUAUCCAUUAAGCAGUAGGGAAUCCCUUCACACUCGGUUAGGUUGCUUCUGCAAGCUGCUAGGAGGUGCUAUAUGGUUUUAGAUCAGAGACCCCACCAGAAUCAGGAUUUGCUCUGUCAAGCCCAGCCAUGCACAUUCAGCUCAAUGAAGUACUUGGCUUGUUUUUGUGUAUGUGUAUGCCCCUGUGUGUCUAUACAGUGCCAGGCUGACUGUAUUUGAGAGGUAUUGGAGAUUGUAUCCAAAGUAAUUCUAUAUUGAAUGAGUGUGGGAUUAGGCUAAAUGUUUCAAAUCAUCAGUUCAUGUGCUGUCUUUUUUUCAGUCAAAGAAUUGAUUGCUUGAUUUGACUGGAUCAGUCCAAAAGCAAGUUGCUGCUAGAAAUCUGAAAUAAAAUCACAAUGUUGGAAGUACUCUGGCAGCUUCUGUGGGUAUAGAGAUAAUAUUCCAAGUUAAUGACUUUUCACCAGACGUCAGAUCUCUAGCACUGAUUUUACACAGUCUGCAAGAUGAGAAGGAAAUUGUAGUAUUGUUGCCUGAGCACAUUGAUCUUGUACUCAAAAAUUGCCACUCCCAUUCAGGACAUUGCAGGAAAAUAGUGCUGCAGCUUUUAUGGAAGUGUGUUCAUCUUCUGGUUCAUUAUAUCCCUAGUUCAAAGUGAAGAAGGAAGUGUGCCGCCUUGCUUGGCCUUUCAACCUUUCAAUUCACAUGUAGAAUGAAAUUUUGGCCUAGAAAUUGUUGCACAGAAAUGAGAAAGCAUGCUUUUACUACCCAUCUCAAGUGACAGAUGAUCAGAUGGUCUCUGGUGAAAAGCAGCACGAUGGAAUUUUGACCGGGCAUUUCCCGUCUUGAACCUAUAUUGUUCUGCCAACACACUUCCACAUCGGAUGUAGGCAGAAUAACAUCAUGCCUGUGCCAUGCUCUUUAAGGGAUGUUGCAAAGGGAGCAAUCAGUCAAUACGAUUCUAAAGUGUGUGGAAUUCUCAACCUGUACAGGUGUCCACAGUGCUGCCAUCUGAGCCUAUCCCAUCCCAUCACUCCAAGCCUGACUUGGUUAGGUUACCUGACUGACUGGCUUUCUGUCACAAGUGCCCUACAUUCUCUCAGUCCAUCCACCACUCCCCAAAAUUUCAAAUUAAGGGGCUCCAUUUCACGGCAGACACGUAUCACAAAUCUAAACUCAAGCUUCCCUCCCACCAAGCUGGUGAUCACAGUUAGCCUGAACCUGUCGUGUUUUUAUCAUCUUGCUCUCUGCACCAGUGAAAGUGAUAGGAAAAGAUCUUACCCUGGUGUAUGGUUCAUUCUGAACCAGAGGUGCUACUGAACUUUAAAGCAGUUGAAUAACCGUCAAUUCCUUGAUCUGCCAUAUAUUGGUGAAUUAACAUGUCAGCCUGGGCAUAGAGGAAUUUCCAGUCCAUCUUGUCCAAUGCAAAUUGCCAUUUUGGCUACCCCCAAGUUAAAUUGCUAACCAUUUUAAGUAUUGGGCAAUUUUGAUUGUAGAGAUAAUGUAGCUUCAUAUACAUGUGGCUGGAUGGUAUUAUUCAGUCCUUCAGCUUCUAAAAGGCCUGUGCACUGCUUUACAACCACAUUUUCCUUUCACCAUCGCCUCUCCUGUUUCCAUGUCCCUAUUUGUAGUUGUUUAAAUCUUCAAUAUUUCCAAAAUUACAUCAAUCCUUGCACUGAUGCACUGUAGGAAUUGUGACACAUACUAAUCGUUGCACAUUUCCACAUAUGUAAGUGACAUUAAAAUCCCUGAUAGUUUUGCACAUUCUCUUUCACCCACAUGACUCAUUACUCUUGUGCUAAGGACCGGCUCAUCAGGUAAUGUGUAUCAUUCAAAGUAAUACACAUGCAUAAAUUGGCAUUAACCACAGGUAUUGUUUAUCUAGCUACUGAUUUGUGGUGUAUUAUUGCCCCCUGAUGACGUAGUUGCUAAACUCCAGUGAGUUUUAGAAUGUGUUUUGAUUUCCAGCAAGGCUUAGCAAGGAAGGCAGAACCAUUAACAGAUUAAAUUGCCAGUUUAGCAAUUGCUUGUUUUAACUUGUUACACAAAAAUGCCUUGCAAUUCCUCACACAAGCCUUCAAAGAUGCCAAAUUAGAUCUCUCGCUACACUGUUCAAUUCAGUGAUUACAAAAAAAAGUUUUGUUUUUGAGAAACCACAUCUGCUCUUUCCAAAUGUGUAGGAAGGGACUGCAGAUGCUGGUUUAAACUGAAGAUAGAAACAAAAUGCUGGACGUCUGAAGAAGGGUCUCGACCCGAAACGUCACCCAUUCCUUCUCCCCAGAGAUGCUGCAUGUCCCACUGAUUUACUCCAGCAUUUUGUGUCUAUCGUCUGCUUUUUCCAAGAUUAUUAUUGUACUGUUGAAUGUUCACUUCACUGAUAGUGUGCUAGACAGGAAGCCAGACAUUCUGUGAUUGUGAAGUUAUUCCAUGUGAUAGUCCUGUAAGAGUUUAUACAAGUUUUGAGUUCUCAUGCAGUUUGUUUCCUGCGGCAUUAUCUUUUGUGGCCCUGUAACUGGUUGAACUGGAGCAGUGAAGCAGCUUUCAAUUGCAUUCUGUUUUCAGGUAUUUUGCGUUUAGAAAUCAGCUGUGGUCAAGUUCAUGUUCAAAGGUGGCAAAGGUCAAGUUCAACAAUAAAAGGAGCGAAUCGGGGCCUCCAAAACAACUAAUGACAGCACUGAUUUCAAAAUUACCACCUGAUAAUGCACAGAAAACAUUUCUUACCUGCCCAUAGGCUGGUUGCUUGGUCACAUGUGUGUGCUGCCAGGGAAGUGACAAAUCGCCUUUGGUGUUCCCUUUAACCAUAUAACCAUUACAGCACGGAAACAGGCCAUCUCGACCCUUCUAGUCCGUGCCGAACACGUGUUCUCCCCUAGUCCCAUAUACCUGUGCUCAGACCAUAACCCUCCAUUCCUUUCCCGUCCAUAUAACUAUCCAAUUUAUUUUUAAAUGAUAAAAACAAACCUGCCUCCACCACCUUCACUGAAAGCUCAUUCCACACAGCCACCACUCUCUGAGUAAAGAAGUUCCCCCUCAUGUUACCCCUAAACUUCAGUCCCUUAAUUCUCAAGUCAUGUCCCCUUGUUUGCAUCUUCCCUACUCUCAGUGGGAAAAGCUUAUCCACGUCAACUCUGUCUAUCCCUCUCAUCAUUUUAAAGACCUCUAUCAAGUCCCCCCUUAACCUUCAGCGCUCCAAAGAAUAAAGCUCUAACUUGUUCAACCUUUCUCUGUAACUUAGUUGCAGAAACCCAGGCAAUAUUCUAGUAAAUCUCCUCUGUACUCUCUCUAUUUUGUUGACAUCCUUCCUAUAAUUAGGUGACCAAAAUUGUACACCAUACUCCAGAAUUGGCCUCACCAAUGCCUUGUACAAUUUUAACAUUACAUCCCAACAUACUCAAUGCUCUGAUUUAUAAAGGCCAGCACACCAAAAGCUUUCUUUACCACCCUAUCGACAUGAAAUUCCACUUUCAGGGAACUGUGCACAGUUAUUCCCAGAUCCCUCUGUGCAUUCUUCAAUUCCCUACCAUUUACCAUGUAUGUCCUAUUUUGAUUUGUCCUGCCAAGAUGUAGCACCUCACACUUAUCAGCAUUAAACUCCAUCUGCCAUCUUUCAGCCCACUCUUCCAACUGGCAUAAAUCUCUCUGUAGACUUUGAAAAUAUACUUCAUUAUCCACAACCCCACCUAUCUUAGUAUCAUCUGCAUACUUACUAAUCCAAUUUACCACACCAUCAUCCAGAUCAUUGAUGUACAUGACAAACAACAGUGGACCCAACACAGAUCCCUGUGGCACCCCACUAGCCACUGGCCUCCAACCUGACAAACAACCAUCCACCAUUACUGGCAUCUCCCAUUCAGCCACUGUUGAAUCCAUCUUGCUACUCCACCAUUAAUACCCAACCAUUGAACCUUCUUAACCAACCUUCCAUGAGGAACCUUGUCAAAGGCCUUACUGAAGUCCAUAUAUACAUCCACUGCUUUACCCUCAUCACUUUCCCGAGUAACCUCUUCAAAAAAUUCAAGAAGAUUAGUCAAACAUGAUCUUCCAGGCACAAAUCCAUGUUGACUGUUCCUAAUCAGACCCCGUUUAUCCAGAUGCUUAUAUAUAUUAUCUCUUAAGUAUCCUUUCCAUUAAUUUGCCCACCACUGACGUCAAACUAACAGGUCUAUAAUUGUUAGGUUUACUCUUAGACCCCUUUUUAAACAAUGGAACAACAUGCGCAGUACGCCAAUCCUCCGGCACUAUUCCCGUUUCUAAUGACAUUUGAAAUAUUUCUGUCAUAGCCCCUGCUAUUUCUACAUAUAACUUCCCUCAGUUCCCUUAGUUACAGGCUAACGAAGUGUGUCCUGCCUGCACUGAAAUCAUUGAGAACAACAUGCCAGAAUAAAUGCCCUUGGCCAGACCUUGCAGAUGCAGGCCCACUGCCCACAGUUGCCACCUACAACCCAUGCAUAACUGGGCCAGAUAAAAUGUAUAAGAAGGAACUGCAGACGCUGGUCUAUACUGAAGAGAGACACAAAAUGCUGGAGUAAUUCUGUGGGUCAGGCAGCAUCUCUGGAGAAAAGGAAUAGGGGAUGUUACGGGCCAGAACCCUUCAGAAAUUAUUUUGAAGGGUUCCGACCCGAAACGUCAUCUAUUCCUUUUCUCCAGAGAUGCGUGACCUGCUGAGUUAUUCCAGUAUUUUGUGUCUAAAACUGGGCUGGAGGCAGAAGCCUUAUCUUGCUGGUAUGAAGCAUCGUAGAUUCUGAUGGCAAGACCUGAAAGGAGCCAGGGCCUUCAACCUUACUCAAACUUUGACUGCUAGCAAGGCCUUACCACGAUUUUGCAAAGUGUAAAAACUGAGUGUUUUCCAACAUUUGAAUGUAAGAUAAAUCAAAAACCUAAAAGUAAAUUUAAAAAUUACUACAUUUUAAAAUCAAACCACCUAAGAUCAGUUUGAGAAAUACAUGACAAAAACAGUUUUGUUGAAUAGGAGUUGAGCUUGCCAUUCACUUUACUUUCCAAAAGCCCUACAGACUCCAUUGAAAUCAGUGCCAGGCCUCGGUGUAGGAUCCCCAGGUAUAAGUGCUAAGGAAAUCCAGCAGGACUGAGCUGAGACGGUGGACUUCGUGGGGAGUCCUGCAGCAUUUAGCAAAUUUGGUUUCUAAAUAUUGGUGUGUACAUUUUGGGAUUGUUCUGAAACCCAGUCAUUGGCAUUUGAACAUAAAUACUGGUGUUUUUCAACCGAAUCACUAGCAGCUAUCAGCAAAGUCUGGACUGUUGCCGUUGCAGUGAGUAGGUCAAUUGGCCCUCCAGUCUGCCCCACUAUUCCAUAAGAUCAUAUAACCAUAUAACUGAUCAUAGCUGAUCUUUCAUCUCAGUGCCACUCUCCUUGAUCUUGUGUGAAGUACUGGCAUUUGUUUUUGAGAGCAUUUGUAUAGCACACAGAUCUUUGGUUUCUGUAAAGAAUAAUAGUAAGGUACUGUAAGGUACUUCAACCGUGUUAUUUUAAAGUGCAUCUGCAUGUCUGGGAUAAGUUGUAAAAAGUACUUUUGGGGAUGAAAUCUCACAGUUCUAUCAGAGGGAGAGCCUCUGAUCACAGCAGUUGGCUGAGAAACAGGAGUUCAAACGUUUGUCAUUUUGAAGAAAACUAGGCCAAAAAAAAAAUUAAGUCUUACACCCGUUGUUACAUGUUAAAUACUGUAGCUUGCUUGUGCCAAACUGCAGAAUCGCAAGUUUAAAUUAUCAGCAGCUGAUAGGGAUCUGAUGACUUGAUACUAGAUUUCCUUUCAGGUGAAACUGCUGCAUAGUACGUAGUGUUGAUACGAUUCUAAUCUCUCAAGUUAUCGCAAAUGUUGAUUCAGUUCCUCAUUGUCCCCAAGUCCCCUUUGCAUGUACUUAUCUAUUAUCUAUUGAAUGACUGACUGUAGUUAGUUAAGCAAUGUGGGCCUCGUAGUGAUGCUGCGUUCCUGGGUCAUCCUGCAAGGGGCGUCAGUGAAUUUCCCAUAACUCGAGUUGUGUUUUUUGUCCAUCAUUAGAUCUGAAUGCGGAAAAAUUGAGUAAUUAUUGGUGCAAUAGUAAUGUCGUUUGGUUUGUAAAUACUGUUUGAUUGACCAUGCACCACAAAUGCAUUAUUUUUUACUUUUGUUUUUAAAUACAUUGUCUGGAUUGAAUGUUGAGAUUGUUUGCAUUAUAACUGGAAUGUUCAUUGGAUAAUAGCAUCAGAUUUGACUUGUGGCAAAGACUAUUAAAAGCAGAGUACAAUAAAACUUUGAUAAUCCACUAUCCGAUUGCUUGGAUAUCCCCAUGGUACAGCAUCUGACUCACUGGGCCUCCAUUUACCAUCUUGCCCUUGUUCCCUGUGCUUCCUUUACAUUCGCCCCUUUCACAGGAAAUUAUACAACAGUGCAGUAUCUUUUUAAAAUAUUGGAAAUGUGUUAGGGUUUUAAUAGAAGUAACAUCUAAUAGUGCUGAAAAUCUGCCAGUCUGGCACUAUCAAACUGCUGAAGCUGCUGGAUUAUUGGAGUUUUACUGUAUAAUGCCAUUUGGCAUAUCUCAUCUGCCUGUCUGACAGAAGCCUGUGCACCACCACCACCUCCUCCUGUUGUGAUAACUCCUAGAAGGACAAACAAUAUAACAAAGAUUUAUUUUUGCUACUCAAAAUUUGAAGCUUUAAACUGCCUUCCAGAUGUAAUUAAGAUGGACUUUCCUUUUCAACACUGCAUAGUUUUUUUAAUAAAAAGGGUAGACUGUAAUCUAUUUUCCUCCAUAGGUUCAAAAGUAAAUCUCUCAGUUUAUUAUUGGUAAUCGCAUGCUGCCGUUUUCAAUCCAAUGGCUUCGGGCUUUGUUAUACUUGCACAUGUAGUUGAAAACUGUCAGUCUUAUUCUAGUGCGGGCUUCAGUUUGGCAAUGGAUGAUGGUUGAAAGCCUCUAAUGCCACAGACAAUUGUUUCAGUGGCAUUUUAUAAAUCAUGUACAUUGUGUAAAUGUUAGAGAUAUUUAAUAAUGUUGCACUGUUUUAAUUUUUACUAUGGAAGCUUGUAACUUGUAAAACAAAUUGCAAAGGGAAUAAAUAGUAUCUUUGGAG